GACCAUGCAACAGGUCGAGCAACCACUGGCGAGACAUCAGGCUACAAGUCCGCCGUCCUGCUGUCAGUCCUUUCCUUUGCAAGACAUCUAACAACGAUUUUCGGAGAGAACCAUACUUGAAUAUUUUUAUUUUAAUUUCUAGUUCUCGAGAACUGACGUUAACGGAGAGGUUGAAGUACUGCGCAUGACUGUCAGUUGAUAUUUGACAUUAAACAAGGGACUUCACAUCGUCAACAAAAUCGAAAAGAAUAUUCUAGAUGGCGCUGUUUUUAAUGGUUCUUCUGGCAUGGUUUUUGGGCGAUUCAGCUGUGGGUUCGUUGACUGUGUGCAAAUUUCCCCCUUCACUGCUCGGCCAGUGGAGAGGCACUGGCUGGAGAGACCUGGACAUCGACGCCUCCACCAUUGGGCCCAUCACCGUGGAAGGAAAACCUUACACCUUCUCUUGCUAUUCCAUGCAAGACAACUUCUACAUCAUUAAAUCGCCAGACGUGUCCUUUGGUGGCAAGCAAUUAAAUCAUUACACUUGCAUGAGGUUAUUAAAAUCCCCCAGCAGCGACGACGUGUACUACUACUACAUAGAAACAGAGCCCAACUACGAUCGUGGAAACGCAUCGGUCGUCACGAUCGAAACGGGGCAGAUAAACAUUGCUAAGACUGUCUGCAACAAAGCCAACAAGACUCUUCCGAGCGACUACGAUAUUCUUUUCAGAAAAGGGGCAGAGAACAAUAUUUCGGCUUUCAGUUGUCCCCAACAGCUGCAAGCCCGUUUCCAGGGCAACUUCAGCAACCUGAGCAGCCAGAGAAGUUGUCCGAAUGGCUUCACGCUGGAUGGCUGCAGCAACAGCAGCAUCUUGUCUUUCAACUAUACCGACUGCGGGAGAGGCAACUCAUACUCUGGGUCGGUCGAUUACCUGUGUAUCUUCACUCUCUACGAGGGCGGCUUCAACUACACGACUGUCUAUCAACCUGCUGCUGGCAAUGAAACAAACCCAUACAUUCCUUUCUCCUGCAUGAAUCAGACGGAGGCCGAAGGGCGGCUGAGCGUGAGAGUAAGCGCCGACAAAUGUGGAGGUUCAACUCACCAGGACCUGAUUCUCGUGAACAAAGAAAUCUGCUCUGAGAUAUUGACCCCGCAGGCACCGACAACGGAGAACAUGACCACAGAAAGACUUGGGAACCCCACCUUGAUCCCGCAAAUCACCGGUGCUGGAGGAGAUGGUGAGGGGGUAGAUAAUAACUCAGGAGAUGAUGAUGAUGAUGACGAACAAGAAUCAAGCGGAAGCUCGAUUUGUGGGAUGAACACUGCCAUCUUGAGUUUGAUUUUACCCACUGUCGUCUGCAUCAUGAAGACCAUCGCUUGAUUUCUGCUCGGCAGAAAAGGAUCCGUACUCCAUCAAAUGGUUCUUCAGGAAAGAA